UUUACGCUUGAGCAGAACGUAUAAGCUUGAAAUAGCUUAAAAUUAUCGUUCAGAUCUUUUUCCGGGUGGAUGCGGUUUUAAACGGUUUAAGAUUUUAUCUACGGUGUUGAUUCGGUCCGACGCAACGAUUCACUCGAAAAACUGUAAAAUUGUCCCCCCCGGUAAUUUAUUUUUGCAACGAGGACGUCGAAUUUCGGAUAUGGACUGUUAACUUCAAUUUGGAUUAUCCGCGGACUGUUUAGUGACGUGUUAAUUUGAAUAAUGGAUUCGGAUGGCCAGGUUCAGCAAUAUGGCGAAGUCAAUCAGCUCGGAGGAGUAUUCGUAAACGGUCGGCCUCUGCCCAACGCAGUUCGGUUGCGUAUUGUAGAACUAUCGCAGGUUGGAAUUAGACCUUGCGAUAUUUCCAGACAGUUAAGGGUUUCGCACGGUUGCGUUUCGAAAAUUCUAGCAAGAUAUCACGAAACCGGUUCCAUCCUCCCCGGUGCUAUAGGCGGUUCCAAACCCAGAGUGACAACUCCCAAAGUGGUGGCCUACAUUAAGGAACUCAAACAAAAAGACCCGGGAAUUUUCGCUUGGGAAAUCCGGGACAGAUUGCUUUCCGACGGCGUCUGUGACAAAUACAACGUUCCUUCCGUCAGUUCGAUCAGCAGGAUUCUCAGAAACAAAAUCGGUUCCUUGGUGCACGGAUCACCGCACGGUCAUUCGAUCUACAAUAUUUACCCUAGUUACCCAUACCCGCAACAAAAGUCACCGUCUCAAAGGCAUAGUCCGGGCCAUUGUUGGCCCAGUUCGCAUUCGGUUACCGAUAUUCUAGCUGGAGUGCAUGCGGCUGCUUUUAGAACUCCACAUCCGGGAGCUGCGGCUGCCCUUCCAUCUGGACCAUCACCACCUAGCACGGAGCACGCCCAAAAUUAUAACUAUUACAUGUACUUACAGUCGGGCAAUCCUGCGAUGCAUAUGAUGAAUACCGGGAUUGGUUCUCACCCUUUAGCCGGAUCACAUCUUUAGCAGAUGCGUUGUCGUAUUGAUAAAAACCGUUUAAAAUAUGUCUCUUUGUACCAAAUGAACAGUUUUGAAAGGAGAAACUAUUUCUAGUCUUUGAACACAAAUUAAUAUUUUGACGUUAUUCUAUUCGACAGGUCCGGAAACUAAACGGAAAAACUCGGCAUCGAUUUAACAUGAAUCGUCUUAUCCAAAUGUACUUUUUAAUUAGGACCAGCGACUGAUAUUUUUAACUGUGUUUACUUUAUAUCCGAUUUUUUAUCGUUUUUAAUGCCAAAAUUCAA